UAAUCCAGUAAAGCUAAAUUAGCAUAACCGUCUCUUUCAAAGACUGAUUUCAACUGCUUUUCCCCUCAGUCAAGGGAGCAGCAGAGCAUGUGUGUUUGUGCAUGUGUGAGUGGAAAGACAGGAUGUGGUAGGACACUGUAUGCUGGCUCAGCCAGCUCUGCAGACACUCUGAAGGCUGCUGGAGUUUUGAUUUCAUGGCCGUAAUGUUCAGGAUUUGGAGUAUGAUCUGAGGAUAUGAACUGCUUUUGUCUUCACAAAAAAAAAAGGGCGAACAAAGACCCACUGUUUCUGACGGGGGUGACCUUCCCUUCAGAGUAUCCUGCUAGCCCAGAGACGCUAGUCAAGCUAAGCGUGUAUGAUGCAAAGGACAAGACCCAGGAAUCAAGCAGCUUCCUGGGUAGUGCCACGUUUUCAGUUGGAGAUCUUCUGAGGGCAAAAGAUGAACGACUGACCUUGAGCCUCAGGUCAUCUGAUGGUGUGUGCACAGCAGGAACAGUGGUGGUGAGUCGUCUGAAGAUGGGGGAGAUGGAGGAGGUUGAUGUGGACCAGAUCACCACAGACAUACCAUCACAGAAGUGUCCACUGGUAUGUGAGUCUGCGCACCAUUCUUGCACCGACAGAGAAAAUAACCCAUUGACCGGGCCAGUGUUCAAGAACCCAGUAUGCAAAGUGUACAGAUUUCAAACAGUGGACAGCAAGUGGAUGCUUGUGCGGGAACAAAUGGAGGAGUGCACUCUGUCGUUCAGUAUCCCCAAACAGCUGCUCGCACUGUACAUUCAGGAGGACAUGAGUAGGGUGCAGGAUCUAAAGGAGCUGGGAGAUCUUUCCCCUCACUGGGACAACUUACGGAAGGAGGUGAUGACACGAUAUGCAGGAAUAAUCAGCUCCUACCAAGAGACCUUGGCUGAAAUGGACAAGAUUAACGGUAUGAUAACUGCACCUAUCUCUGAAUUUGAUAUUCCCGUCUGUGUCAACACAUGUAGUCAUGCACACAAAUUUUUGCAGAUUCUGCCUUUCAAAAAAAAAAUCAGUAUCUAAAAUGCUGUGAACUUAAUUUUCUCUCUCUGUACAGAUGCGUUUUACGACAUCGUCACUGUUGGUGCCCCAGCAGCCCACUUCCAGGGCUUUAAAGGUGGUGGUCUCCAGCGACUCCUGAGCAGAUAUGAAGCAGAGAAAAAGAGCUUCAGCACUGCCUACCAGUGUAUCUACUACUCCCCAGAGCACACAGCCAAAGCUCAGGAGGUACUCAACAUCAUGAGCCUCCUCCAGCCCCUCAUCACGAGGUUAGUGGACCAGCUCCUUCAGGCUGCCCAUGAGCACUCUUCCCCUGGACUGAGGGAUGCACUCAAGCACCUUUCUGACAAGACAGAACAAUUUGUUCACACACUUAAGGAUGAAUUGGUCAAGAGUGCACUCCUAGCGCUGCAUGCAGCGCAGCCAGGCUACGUUUCCAAGAACCAGAAGUCGACUCGGGCGCAGAGCCAACACCAAGGCCACACAAACCAGACCAAUGACCAGAAUCAGAACCCGAUUCAGGGACUUCCAGGCCACAGCCCACCGACGUCGGUCACUGAGACCACAGUGGUGUGUAAUAAUGUGGAAGGAACCCAAACAACUGCUGGAGGAGAGCCUUUGUCACUGAAGCACCAAGACACCAUACCCCACCAUAAAGAGUACGAUGAGGAGGAAUGGGACAGGCUGUGGGCAAAUGUGGCCAAGUGUCUCAACUGUGUAAUCGCCAUGGUGGAUAAACUCCAGGAAGAAGACAACACCAAGCAGGAUCCAGUCCCAGAACAUCAGCUAGCUGAUGUCAUCACCUCCCACAAUCCUGGUGACUGGAGGGAGCAGUUGUGUCCUCUGGUGACCCGGUUAAAGGACUGCGUGAUGGAGGUGGUGGAGAAGGCGAAGAGAGCCAUGACCUUUGUGCUCCUGCAGGAGGCAGCCUGCAGCAUUCCACAGGGCUUCCUGCUCCAGCAGAGGCGAGACAUAGUCUUCAGUCAGGCACUGGCAGCCUUGGCCUGUGGUUUCGUCAUGCGGUUGUACGCAGGAAUGCAGGACAAAGGCUUCCUGAGGCAGCUUCACCUCGUUGGCCUGGUUGCUCAGUUUGAGAGCCUGCUCAGCACCUACAGUGAAGAGUUCGGGAUGCUGGAAGACAUGGAAGUGGGGAUCUCAGACCUGCAGAGAGUCAUGUUCAAGAUUACAGAGGCCAAGUCCGAUGACCUCAGUGACCUUCAGCCUUUAGUUUGUGGCCGACGAGACCACUUCACUGUAGAAGUGCCAUUACCUAAACUGGUUUUCCAUACCUUACCAGAGGAAAUCAAGGAGGGGAAGCUUCUCCAAGUAUUCCCGGUGCUCUUUAACGUGGGGAUUAAUGAACAACAAACAAUAGCAGAAAGGUUUGGAGAUAUCUCUCUACAAGAAAGAAUAAACCAGAAGAACUUUGAGACAUUAGAAGCCUAUUACAAAUCAUUAAGUGAAAAGGUGCCACUAGAAUGUCUACCGUGUUUUCAGACACAGACUGACAUAAAGGAAUUACUUGAAACUUUGGGCCAGAAUGUAGUCGCGAAGAAGAAAAAGAAUGUGGAGAUACUGUGGACUGCUGGAACGAUCUGCCGAAGGUUAAAUGGCAUCAGGUUUACCAGCUGUAAAAGUGCCAAAGACCGAACAUCCAUGUCUGUCACUCUAGAGCAGUGCGCUCUCUUACGUGAUGAACACCAGCUCAGCAAGGACUUCUUCGUGCGCGCUCUGGACUGCAUGCGCAGUCGACUGACCCAGGGAGACAUUGGGCAGUGGGAGGACCCUGAGGCUGGCGCCAUGACAGAGAACAAACCAGCAUCACGACACUUUUAUCCCAUUGCCCUGCUGCUCGUUAGCUCCCACUUACUGGUUGUGUGGCUCAUUUUAAGUCUUGUUUUUCUGCUUGCAAAAUAUCAAUAAACUGCUGACAAUGACAUCUCUACUCACUGCUUU